CCGACAUAAUGGAACAACAACCUGAUGAAGAAAAUAAAGUAACGUUGGUUAACAAUGCCGAGGAAAUUAUAAUGAAAACAGUAUUACAACUUUGUUUGAAAUAUGGUUCAAGAUUAUAUGGUCUACACAUAAAUCCUAAUAAGUUCGAAGACGAUGAAUCAAAUGAUGAAAUGUACGAAAUAAUGUUGACUGAUGAUAGUUUGAAAAAUUUAGUCUCUCCU